UUUUCUGUUGCUGGAGAAAGGGCGGGCACUCUGAAAAUCGAGAGAAAGCAUCGGAAUCCCGAGUACUUCUGUCAUUUGGUUUCUCACGCGAGAAGAAACACUGCUCGUUGUCAACUGGAUGGCUCUGGAAACAGCACCGACGUUUCUCGCAGGCGGUCUCAUCCGUCGCCGAGUUCAGGCGUCGGUAGUCGUCAUCACCAUCAGCUCCGAGAAGGGAGCUAUUUGUCAGACAAACGCGAGCGGGAGCUUCGGUGUCUGCACCUUGGCUGCGGCAAAGGCCGGUCUUUGGCACCAACGCCUCAUCCUAUGCUCGGGUGAGAGACCGCCACAUGGUAGUCUGUUGUGCCUGACCGUCGUCUGUUGUGUUGCAGGUGAAGGUGAACACGUUAUCACGUCUGGGUUCUUUCGUGUGAUGUGACCAUCCACCCCCUCCCCCUUUCCCCCACCCCCUGUCCACCCUGAGUGCCUCGUACGUACGGUUCGUCUGUGUGAUAUGGGGUCAGUUUGGGUGAGUUUUCACGAUUUUUCUUCGAUGUUGUGCCUUGGUCUGCUCCCGCUCCCUGUCUGUCACCGCAUAUCCCGAGACUAAUAGCCGUUGCGGUUUGCUGCAUGACGAUCCUCUCUACAGUGCCUCGUACGCCAACAGGCGACCGUUCGCACAGACUUCCUUUCGUGCAGCCUUUGACUUGAUCGACGUAUGAGCGGCUGUAAAGCACGUCCACAGAUAGAUACACGUGAAUCGGACUUUUUCUCAAGUGUCAGACUUGCGUGUCAUAUUAUUUUCAACCAUCAGACUUUUCAUGUUUGCACAAUGGACACGAGGAGACGAGCCGGCUGAGCAUUUAUGGCUACAAAUGGACAACUGCACUGGUGAGAACAAGAACCAGUACAUAUUCGCCUACGCCAGUCUACCUGUCCAUCUUGGCGCCUUCAAAGAGGUGACUAGGCGUGCAGCACGCUUCCACAUCGGUCGUCACGAACCAUGGCCGCACUCUGUGCCUGCUGUGUGCAAUGACAGGUCACGGUGAACUUCUUACCUGUGGGCCACACGCACGAGGACAUUGACCAGCUGCACUCUGUCACCUCCAAGACACUGAGAGGUACGCUGUCUGGCCUUUCUGGCGGACGCCAACACAGGUUGGUGUGUUGUGCUGUUGUGUUCUAUAUGUAGUUUCUCGAUUUGCUACGGCAACUCAGCUGAGGGAGCUCAUAUUGGGUGCUCAUCGCAAUCCCAAGUACCCGAACGGUAUGCAGGUGCGGUUCAUGACGCAGACAUGGGAUUGGAAGGCAUUGCUGGAGCCGCACACUGAUCCCCCGGUCAAUUUCUGCACGGCACAGUCGUAUCGAUUUGCACGGGUACGCCAAAUCUGUAUGUGCGCACACCGGACACACCCUGAGGCUCCAUCGUGCACUGCAUGUGCUUGCUGCAGUUGCCCCCGUCAUACGAGCACGUGGGCAUGUACUUCAAGUCUCUCAUAGCCGACAGAGAUUGGAAAGGUAUCUCACAAUAGACACGAUAUGCGCUGCCCACUGCCUUCCUCUGGCUCUGUGUUUGCUGCAGGUCCCCUUCCAUUCAUGAAGUCAUAUCCACCAGCCGGCAGCGGUGCGUCAGUCGCAGCAACAGAGGACCUCCUCAAUCCAGGUGCCAACAGCAGGCGCGAUCCUGAUCGUAUGAACAAGACUGUAAGCGAAUCGGAUGGCUACAGGGAAGAAAAGUGUACAGACUUGAUGUCUUGGUAAAUGAUCAUUACUGCAGAUGUCCGCCACGUUGGCCGCGCUUGACAAGCUUCCCGAUCAGCUUCGUUACAGAGACCAGACGCCUAUGUUCACACGCGAGGAUGUCAGCUUCUGCAAGGACUUGAUCACGGGCAACUACGAGAAGGAGAACACCCCUUUCCGUCUGCCGGCCAAGAUGCAUGACUCAUCAUUUGCCGCUGACAGCCUGUUCACAUCCACGGCAAGCGGACACAAUGCACAUAGUCAAAGGCCAAUGGCAACAAAUCAUGUUCCCGCUUUCUGUCGUUGUCAGUCAUCUUUGUACAAGAUCGACAGUGGUGCCAGGACCAUCGAUUCUGGCAUGUUGGCGUCAGUUUUCGACCGACUCGGACUCAAGUGCCAGUCAGUUUCUGUCGGAGAUCCGACUGGCGUAUCCACUGCUGAUCAGCGCACACUGGCUAUGUGGGAGAGCCGAGCAGAGGAUCCGCAGAAAGGGGACAUGGUUCUGAUCGACCCAGGUAAGGAAGGAAAGACAGCCACACAAACAGGCAGACAGACAGACAGACAGACAGAAAGCACAGCUGUGUCCUGCGGAUGUCUUCUCGUUUCACAGACCGCGAGGACAUGGCGGAUGGAGACGCAAGUCCGGCAUGGGUCGGGCAAUUCAUUGAGGACGCCGAGUCAGCGGGUGAUGGACUCCCUCUCGCGAGCAUUUGGUGGUAUGAGGGGAGAGGACCUCUCAAUGGCUGGUCGCCAAAGGGACACUUUGAGCCGGCGAUGCGCGUCGCGCCGUCAAAGUGAGUGAGCCACUGCAACGAAUCGGAUGUCUGGCAUCCGAUGUGGUUUGUGUGUGCGUUUGUAUGUCAUGCAGGUCAAAGCGUAGGAAACAGGUGACCGCUGAGCCGUGGCGUCAGUCAAUCCCCAAAGGCAGCAUACUGCUUGCUGGGUAUCAGCUCACCAAGAACAAUCGGCUACCUAGUGUUGUCAGAGAGUUUGUUUUUCGGCUGAGAGAGAUGGAGGCGUUGAAUGAGGAGAACCUGCCAGACGGCAAGGACGAUUGUGUAGAUUGUGUAGAGGAAGAGGAUGCUGUAUAGCUCCGUGUGUGUGGGUGGGUUGGUGGUGGGUGGGUGGGUAUGUAUGUGUGUGGGUUGUGAGUAAGGGAGACGGAGGGUUGAUGAGAUGGAUGGAUUGAUAGACACACACAUGGUGCAUUCAAUCGAUUGGCGUGUCCAUUAUGCAAACAAGCAAGUCUGAUACUUGAGAAUUAGUCC